UUUUAUCCUGGAAACGAUUCAAACGUUUAACACACGUCGUAAAUUCUUGAGAAUCUACGAUACACACAUGCGAUCUGUAUACUUCCAAUUUCCCAAUCGAAUCCCAAAAUCGUGAAAACGCGGCAACAACGGUACAUUGGCAAAGAAACGUGAAAGUUGUGGAAAACGUAAAAAGAAGAGGAAGAAGAAGAAGAAGAAGAAGAAAGGGAAGGGGGGACGAAAAAAACAAAAGGGUUCUCGAGAGCGGCAGGGGUGGCAAUACGAUGCGAGCGAGGCUCGGGCAUGGGAAGGCAAGGUAACGCAAGGUAAGGCGAGUCCCACGUCGUGUUGCGUGGACACCGGGCAUCGGGCGCUCACGUGGCUCCCCACCUUUCGAUUCGUGUGCGUGAGCCUGCUCCCUUCCGACGCUCCUUUCGCCGUGGCUUCGGUUCAGCUUCCCCCACCCGAGAUCCUCGCGUGGCUCUCCCCCUCCAUCGGUGCCGCUCUGUCCUCGAAAGCUCGAGUGCGAUUGCAGCGCCGCCACGCCUGCCGCUCCGCAGUAACGCGAUUGCUCUCGUCGAGUGUAAAACCCGUUCGCGGAGAGUGCUUCGCUCGUUACUUCGUGACACGCAACGCGCGUUGUCCCGCGUUCGUGUCUCCUCCCUCUCUCUGUUCCUUCGUUUCCCUCUCUCCUGUGUCUGUUUCUUUCUCCGUCUGUUUCUUUGGUGUCGAUCGGCGCGCACUGCGACUUGGAGAGUGUUCAGUGGUCGGUCUCGCGAUAGUUCGGUGCUCGGUCGAACCACGUUUUUUCUCUCUCUCUCUCUCUUUCUCUCUCUCUUUCUCUCUCUUUCUCUGUCUGUCCGUCUCUGUCUCUCUCCCUCUCUGUCUCUGUCUCUCUCUCUCGCUCUCUCUCGCUCGCUCGCUCUUUCUUCUUCACCACGAUUGAAUCAGAAUCAGACGAGAGGAGCAAUCGCAUUCGGUUGAAAAGUUAGGAAUCGAGUUUAGUCUUUUUUUUUUUCGGAGUUGUUGUGUGCGAAAGGAGCCGCGCGUCCCUUGUCCGUGACUGUGGGAGCGACACAGCGGUGGACUCGGAGAGUCGAAAGCGUCGUCGUGACACGGACUAUGCCGAAACGCGGCCAUCCAAUUGGGAAGCAGCGUGGUCGCGCUGGCCUGGUGUUUGGGUCGCCUAGCGGCGACUGAGUCCUGUUACGGGAUGCUAAAAGUUCCCGCGGGAGUCGGUGGCGAGCGUUGGCUGAAAGAGGAGAAGAGGAAGAAGAAGAAGGCAGGCAGGAUGGGCGGGAGACGAGGUGUGCUGGUCCGCGACGUAGGUGCGCAUCGCGACGCCGACGACGUGACGGCCACGUGCCCCCGCGGAUAUCUCGUUGGCUGUUGCCACUAACUGCUCUAUGCAACGUACGUAGUCGAGCGAAACGGUGACCGUGUACAGCCGUGUCGUUUUCAACGGCGUGUCGUUAUAAAAAAAAAAAAAAAAAAAACAAGAUAGUGUGUGAUUCUUAGAUAGAUGGAAUAUAGAGUGUGACGGUGAUAUUGGAAUAUAUAUAUAUAUAUAUAAUUUUCGCUUCGUAUCAAGUGCACAAGUGACUUCGAGAAGGAUCUUUCUCUCUUUCUUUCUCUCUUGGUGUUCAUCGAUAUUAUUCGCAGGCUCGUGAAAGGAGAAUCGUCAAGUUGUUGGAUAUUUUAGUGGGUGCGAGAACGGGUGUUCUUCCCUGAUACAAAUAAUUCGUCGAUAAAUAGAUAGAUAGAUAAUAGAAUCGAAUUUGCCGCCGGUGAGGGGAGAAGAGAGGACGAGUUGUCAUCACGGGAUGUUGAUGAUUCGUAGUCCCGCGCGAAAAAAAAAUAUCGUAUUGUGGAAUAUCGACUUGAAACUCGAAACGCUCGAGGUACCUACCGUGUUCCUUCCGUCCGAACCGAAGCUACGUGGUUGCUCCAAGAAUUUACACACCGGCACACAAGUCGAGAAGUUACCGUGAAGUGUUGUGAUUCUUUGGCCACGGUGAAUUCCAUUCGCAGUGAUUAAACGAGGUUUCGAGUGGGAACCAGUUCGUUGCUACUACUAUUACUACUACUAUUACUACUACUACUACUACUACUGCUACUACGUUAAACGCGAGGAGGGACUAUUUGCCGGUAAUCGGAGGCGAAAAAUACGACGGAGUCGAUAAACUCGACUCGGUGGUGGUGGUGGUGGUGGUGGUUGGUGGUGUUGGUGGUGGUGAUCGAAGAAGAAACCGGAGAACAGUGCAACUAAACUAGGCGCCGCGAGGCUGAGGAAGAAGGGAGAGGAAAAAGGAGAACCGAAAAGAAGAAAAAAGAGCAACGCUGGAGAGCAGCAUUUCGAAUUGAAAUCUUUCAAAGAAGAGGAGCGAUAGAUCGUCGGUUAUCGUGGUCGAGAAGGAGGGAACGACGGAAGGAAAGUCUCGGCUCGAGAAAUUCCCGCGCUUGUACCCCGAUCAUCAGGCCGACGGGAGUUCGAGGAGAGGGUGAAGGGCGUCGUGGAGGGGGGAGUGAUGCCGGUGAGGGUGGCACAGCGCCCCCCAGGUGGAAUACCACUGCACGCCGGCGUGCCGGUAGCGCCCAGCAGCGUAACCGCCUCCGGUCCGUCGGGCCGGUGCCUCGGGGGCCCGGCAGCGCCCCCCGCCGGCUCGCCACCGCUGCCGCCCUCCUUGCAAUCGCUCGGCGGCGGUGUGAGCAACGCGAACAGCGCCGCUGGCGCGGCCAGCAACGGGUCCAGCAACGGUAACACCGGGAACACCGGCAGCAUAGUUGGGAACAACACUGGUCAGGGGGGGAUCGCGACCCAAGCCCUCGGCGGCGUCACAACGACGAGCGGCGUCACCACGAAUCCCUUGCAGGCGAUGGCGUCGGCGGCGGCCUCGCUAACCCAGCUCAACAACAUGGCGAAUGGCCCGCUGCCGCCGCUCGCGGCCACUGGGCCCACCGGCCCCCCUAGCUUGCCGCCUCCUCAGCCAGCCACCACGCCGACCCACGGGGGUCCGCCGACACCGCACGCCGGUGUCACAGGUGGGCCCCAUCUCAAUGGAGCGUCUCCAAGCCCUCACCCCAUGCCGCCCCACGGGAUGAUGAGCGGCUCGCCUCACGCCCCUCACCCGCACAUGGGCGGAGGCGGGCCCUCGCCCCAUCCUCACCACCCCGGCCCCCACAUGGUCGGCUCGCCUCAUCACCCCGGUCCGCAUCCCAUGGGCCCAGCCGCCGGCAUGAUGGGCCCGGCCGGUAUGCAGCCCCAGGCCGCGCCCGGGAUGUGCGGACCAGGACCAACCGGCCCGAUGGGGCCCCACGCUCAUCCUCAGGGACCUGGAGUGCCCGGACAACCGCACAUGCACAACGACCCCUUUUACUGCUCUCCCUUUGGAUCGCAUUACUUCAGUCUUUACGCGUCAAAAAUGAAAGAAUCGAAUGGAAUAGUAUGUCGACUCUGCCAGACAUACGCUCAAAAAUCGUUGCCUGUCCCCAGGAGGCAUACUCCGUACUUUGGCCAACCGGACUACAGGCUCUACGAGUUGAACAAGAGGUUACAACAGCGUACAGAGGAGAGCGACAAUCUUUGGUGGGACGCAUUCGCGACUGAAUUCUUCGAGGAUGACGCAACCUUAACCCUCACGUUCUGCUUGGAGGACGGACCCAAGAGAUACACGAUAGGAAGGACGUUAAUACCUAGGUACUUCCGUUCAAUAUUCGAGGGCGGCGUGACGGAACUUUACUACAAUUUGAAACACCCGAAGGAGUCAUUUCACAAUACCAGCAUAACCCUCGACUGUGAUAACUGCGUUAUGGUUACGCAUCACGGGAAACCGAUGUUCACGAAGGUAUGCACGGAGGGUAGAUUAAUAUUGGAAUUCACGUUUGACGACCUUAUGAGGAUAAAGUCGUGGCACAUGUCGGUGAGGACGCACAAGGAGCUCGUGCCUAGAACUGUGGUCGGUAUGCAACAGGACCCGACGAUGCUCGAACAGCUUAGCAAGAACAUCACGAGGCAGGGCAUCACCAAUUCCACCCUCAACUAUCUUAGGUUAUGCGUGAUCUUGGAACCGAUGCAAGAGUUGAUGUCGAGGCACAAGGCGUACGCGUUGUCACCGCGGGACUGCUUGAAGACGACCUUGUUCCAGAAAUGGCAGAGGAUGGUUGCCCCGCCGGAAUCGCAGAGGCCGGCCAGCAAGCGGAGAAAGCGGAAGGGUAGUACGUCGGGUCCCGGGAACAACGCACCACCCGCCCCCAGCAAAAAGAGAUCACCGGGGCCUAAUUUUUCUCUGGCGUCGCAGGUGAGCGAUUCGAAUAGCCCCGUUUCUCGAGCAAAUCGGUUGGAGCAAGCUCUGAUCCCCUUUUCGAUCCAGGACGUGAUGGUUGUCGGUGAACCGUCGCUGAUGGGAGGGGACUUCGGCGAGGAGGACGAGCGGGUAAUCACGAGGUUGGAGAACACGCAGUACGACGCCACCAACAGCCUGGACCCGCACAGUCACGACACGCCGGGCGGGCCGCCCCCGCAUCCCCAUCAGUUCCACUCGGAACCGACCCCGGGUAACUCUUGGCCCCCGGACCGCGGUCCCGGCCCGCCACAAGGAGGGCCCGGCAGCCAGGUAAUUGUCCACCACUCGAAACAGAUCGUUCUCGAGGAAACGUACGAGAGGCAAGGGAACGUGGGUCGAUGGGUGACGUGCAAUGGGGAUUACAGGGAGUUCAAGGUGGGCAGGGUGGCGCAGCAGCGGGUGUACAGGGGACGCAGGACGCCAGUCAACAGCAACAAGACAAGAAGAGUCCCGCGGUGAGCCAGUGAGGCCAGGAGUCCCCGCGCCCCCCCACCAGGGGGCGACGGGGGCGCAGGCCCAAGAACAUGGCUCCCUAGCGGGGCGAGAACCCUAACCUCCCCGGCGCCUACUUAGCCUCGACCGGGUGCUCGGCCGGCAGGCUGCCACACGUUGGCCUGUCCCAUCCACUGGCUUGCCAUCAGCCUGGCCUGUCCGGGCAUCACACGGAGCAGCAGGUGCAAUUGGGCCACGCCGCGGCGGCGGCUGCAGCCGCAGCCUCCAUGGGAAUGGAGUCCUCGGAGCUGGUCGCGGUCGCCCAUUACCAGGCGCAACAGCUUCAGCGGCAAUUGUUGGCCGAGCAGUCGGGUCCGGGCGGCAUGUUGCCGCCGGCUGCUCAGCCUACUGGUGGAGGCUUGACGCAGUCGCUACAGCAGCCGCAGCAAGCUCAGUCUCAGGGCCAAGAUCCGCUGCAAAGCCUGAUGCAACAGCUCAUCUGUUUGCAACAGAUCGAAUACUUUUUCGCACAGCGUGGUCACAAGUGAAAACUCGAUUCGUCGCCGAGCGAGAGGGGAUUGAUCGCGCGAGGAGGAGCGUGUGAUCGGUUGUUUCCUCUUUUUUCCUCUUCCUUUUUGGGGGGAGGGGAGCUGGGAGUGACCAACAAUUUCUCCCCGAACUCUCGCUUCGGGAACACCAACGGACUCUCCGUGAAAACGAAGAAAAGUGGACAAGUGCGCGCCGCUCGCGUUUACAUCGACCCGUUUAGACGACGACUUCGUUCACGAGCAUGACGAUACUUUCUUAACGCGUGUUUUUUGUGAUCCACUCUGUUCGAGAUACCGAGCUGUUACUGAUUCGAGGCUGAGAAUGGACGCGCAGUUUUCCGUUCGAGGUUUCCCCCGAUACGCGGGCUACAUAAACAGGUAUAUAUGCACGCAAAAGAAUAUACGUAUAUAUGUAUGUACAUACAUGUAUAUGUACAACCACAGACGCGCAAAGAAAAACUUAUUGGUUGGUCGAUCCUCGAAUGGAGAAAGGGGAGGUGCGCGGUGUCUCCGAAUUCGUCGAGCUGCAAAGGAGGCAGCCGAUCAAAUCAAAACGCAUCCGCGUGGCAUUUCGAUGUCAGAACGAUCCGAAAUACCAUUAGCGAGAAUCGUGAAACCCGGCCCCCCUUGGUCGAGAUUAUGCAAAGGGGGGGCCGGUCGUUUAGCGUGUGAUAAAACAUUAAUGUCAAAUGAAACAAAGUAUAUAAGAAAAUAAAGGGAAUAGGAAAGGGGAGGAUGAUUGGACUGUCGGUGGUGAAACGAAAUGGAAGAGGCAGAAGAAGAAGUAGAAGAGGAAGAAGAAGAAGACGAAGAAGAAGAAGAAGAAGAGGAGAAACACAUGAUAAAAUAAUGGGGGAUGAUGAUAAAAGUUGAACGUAAUACGGUACGCCGCGCACGGCAGGGACGAUCGUUCGCUCUGGUGCGAGCUGUGAAUGAAUCUCUAUCCGUCAACAGUAUUGAUAUAAUUAAUAGAAUAAAUGAAUAUAAAAUAUUGUAAGAGGUAUAUCGUAAGUACGUAUUGUGCAAGCGUAUGAUGCGAGAUAUAGGAGAGAGCGAAAGAAUGUAUGUGUAUGUGUGUGUGUAUGCGUGCGUACGUGUGAGAGAGAGAGAGCAAGAGUGAUGUGAUACAUCGAAUUGGAUGACGAGAGGGUGUGGGUGUGUAAGAGACCGGAUUAUCUCUUUUUAGAUUCGAAAUGAAUUUUUAAGCGCGGAGCCCGAUCGAACGCCAACGCACAGGCCCUGAUUGCCCCUGCGGACAACAACAAUCUUUCGAACAUUUUAUCCUUUUUAUUGUUGCUAUUCUUUACCUCGAUGACGAGAAAGAUGACGAGACGAGUCCGAGAAAGAUGGCCAAUGUUUUAAUUUUCCAAUGUGAACGUUCGACACACGUCUAUAUAUUGUUUCUUUCUUUCUUUGAAAAAAGAAAAAAAAGAAGAAGAGAAAAGAAAGGAAAGAAAAAGGAGAAGUAUAGAGCGAGAGGGAUGCUCUAAAAAAAAAAAAAUCAAUUCUCGUUUUCUUCUUCGAGCGCGCAUACUCUCUCUCGCUGUUUAUCGUUUCACGAUAUUCGUCGGUUUGUCACACGCGCGAUACACCCAGCAUAGCGCGUAUCCACGUCCAAUCAUUGUGUGACCCUCGUGAAGUAUAAUUUUCACGAGUUUUUCUAUACGGUGUGCAUGUGCUUUUUUUUUUCGUCGAAUGUAAUUGUAUAAAGAGCAACGUUUUUUCGAGGACAAAAUUUCGCGAGACAAUUAUCGUCGUCGACGAUAAUCUUUAAAUUUUGACUUUUCACGAGAUCGAACGAGAAUAUGACCGUGUAUAUGAAACCUCCUUUCGAAAAUGGGCGGCGAGGAAAAAGAAAGAAAGAAAGAAAGAAAAAAAAGAAGAAGAAGCGAAACAUUUUAUACACGGCACGAUUGCGUACACUGUGAAUCAUUCUAGCAUUAAAGUUCCUUGCGCGUUACGUUUGUACACGAUGUUCCUCAUUGUAUGCUUAUAUGUUUGUUCCUAUUUUUGUAUUAAUCUUCGUGAUUCGUUGUGUUCUCUUCCUUCGCUGUUAAGCUCGCGCCAAGUAUAACGGGGCAUUAUAUCUACCUUUUUCACUGGCGUUUUUUUUUUUUACUCGAAUCCUCGUCGCCAUAUUGAAUUCCUUUUCGAUUAAUAAACGCGAAUCUUCGAAUCUACCUUUCACGUCCUAUCUUCUGUUCUUUUUCUCUCUUUCUCUUUUUCUUUCCUCGCUAUUCAUUUUAUUCGUCAAUUCGUUCGAAUUUUCCUUCUUCUGCUUUUCGCGCGGACCACGAACGUUCACAUGAAUUUCCUGUAUUCCAUUUUUUACAACGUUUUAUCGCGCUCGAUCAUGGAAAUUUAGAAUGAUAGAUGAAAAUUAGCGUGUCCAAAUAAAGAGGAAAUUUUCGAACAUGUUCGCGUCAUGUAUAAUGUAUAAUCGUCGCUCACAAUACGCUACGCUUAAUUGUAAGAAGAGAACAUUGCUUUAGUUUUAUCGAGACGUAUAUAUUUAUUAAUUUUCUUUCUUUUUUCUUCGAUUGGUGUCACCACGAGGACAUGGUACGAGCUUUGCUUGCGAUUCCGAUUUUCGAAACUGUCGUCGAUUCCAAACUGAUUCGAAUGAUUAUGCGUAUUUCUUUUUUUUUUUUAUCAUUAGUCGACGUUCUUUCGUGGCUCGAUUCCUCUUGCGAAAUCAUUGCGAUAUUUUGCCUAUCCGCUUCGUUGUUAUCGUUCGAUUUGAAGAUUAUUCCAGCAUCAAAUUGAGUAAUAUCGAUGAACGGAGUUAAACCAGACCACUCUCGUAAACCGCGCAAUGAUACAAUUCGUUUCAAAAUUGAAAAGAUAUCCUCAAAAAAAAAAAUUCAGAGAAAUUCGAGCCACUAAGCGUCGUCGACACGUUUCAACACUUUAAGAUACGCGGGGUCCCUAGGUUCGGAGUGACUCGGAAAAAUUCGGGCGGGCUCGGGCGAGAUCGCGAUAUCUCAUUGCUCCUCCGAUCUCGCCCGAAUUUUCCCGACUCGCUUCCAUUUUCGCGAACUCUCCCGACGUUGCCCGAAAUCUUCCGACCCGCCGCGAAAUUCAAACGAUCAUCUCACCAUCCGGGAUAAUAAACCGUAAGAUUUGGCCAACGAGGUGGUAAAAAAAAAUGUUACGAUUAAAAUUAAACAAAGAAAAAAAUAAAUAAAUAAAAUAAAAUAAAAAUUUCGCGGAAUCUCAUCUCAUCUCGGAUCCCGUGAAAGAGGGUCGGAACAUCGACGAACGUGUGCUCGUCAGCUUCGAAACAAAGGGAUCCACGAAGAAUAAUAUAGAGAUAGGGGAGAGGGCACGAACGUCGGCGUUUCAUCACGUCCAUGAACUCUGCGCUUUCACUGAUGGUUUCACUCGAGAUGAACGGAUUUUUGCCGGAUUCGAUUUUUGGUGGACGGUAGAAACUUUUUUUCCCUCCCCCGAGAAUAUGUACAAAGUCAUCGUAUUACACGCAUUGUCACACACACACACACGCACACGCACAUAUAUAUACACAUACACACAUUCAAAUUUACCACAGGAGAGUCAGUCCGUGUACACACAGUCGUUCUCCUUCCCGGUACGUUUUGUUUCAAACAAGGUGGGGGAAUGAAAAAAGGAGAAAAAAACGGUGCUUUGCGAAAUUUCCAAAAAAACCAAAAUGGCGGAGUGACGAGUUCAAUGUUUGUACUACUCUUUCGGCUAUGCGCGGGGACGAUUGCUCGAAGGAAAGAGAAGCGCGAGUCGUCCAAUUAGGCGCAAUACCAUGUAACACGUACACAGAGACCACACAUUUAACGACUACGAAUCAUUGAAUUAGAUAGAUAAGUUACGCGUGAUGCCAGUACAGUCCCACGGCGUGAGAGUGUGCGAAGAGAGAGAGAAAGGAAGGAAGGGGGGAAAAAAAAAAGAAGAGAAAAGAGAAACGAAAAGAGAGUGCGGUGUUUCUUCUAAAAAAAUAUAUAUAUAUAUAUAUAUAAAAAAGUAAAAAAAAAAAAAUCGGAAAAUUCGAGCGGUAUGCCUGACUUCCACUGCGACUUUUCACUGUUCUAUUAUUCGGGAGGAGAAACAUUGUGGGAAGGAAACAUUGUGCGAGCGAUUUGAUUUGCGUGUGGCUGCGUCGCGAACGAGAGACAGAAUGAAAUAAUAAAUCGCGCAUGCGAGUGUGAGAGGGAGAGGUGUUCUUUCUUUUUUUUUCUGGGGGCGAGAAAGUAGGAUUAAAUGCAACCGAUUAAUUUCGACACGAGCAUGCGGUGGGUUUUAGGAUAAAUGAUCUAUUGACAAAUGUUGUAUAUUAUUACGAAUUAUAAUGACACUAUUAUAAUUAAUUAAUUAACUAAUUAAUUAAUUAUUAUACCCUAAUAACGUGAAUUGAAUUAAAAGAAAAUGAAAAAAAAAAAAUAUACAAAGCGACAGAAGACAGAAAGCGGAAAGAAUGAAAUAUAUACGCGAGAGUACGCGAGAGAUGGGUAAAUAGGAAGAUGAAAAGGGGGAAAAAAAAUAAAAUAAAUAAAUAAAUGAAUAAAAAAAAAUAAAACAAAUUUUAAAUUGUUUGCAAAGCACACACCGGAGGAGAGCCGGAGGGGAUAACGAGCCGAGAUUUUCAAGGUUUCGAGAUGAAACGCGGGCCGAUCGGAUUAGCCUCGUUAUCGUGUUGUCGGAUGAAAAAAAAAAAGGAGAAACGAGAAUAAAGGAAGUCGAAACGAGGAAGUGUUCUGGCGCUGGCGAGACCGAGGAAAAGGACUGCUUAUGCUUUGCCAACGAGAAGUGCAUCGACCAACUUUCCAACGAAAAUAAAAUCAUUUUCUUCUGUCGAGUUUCUCUCGCUUUCGUACCGCGACCAUUACACGCGAACCCUGUACAUUCUUCGACUUUGUAAAUUUUUCUGCUAGUAAACGAAUUCGGAUUUUA